GUUAGCACGCUCUCCCCGCAAGCUCCGCCCCUUUCAUCCUGGACGUGUUUGUAUUUACAGCUCAAGUUCCUGCAGUUUUCAUCAAUAAACCGAGUCCUAACCCACUUGGAUCGAACUGAGAGUAUCACCAUGGCCUUUCAGGGGUCUGGGGAACUCGAAGAUCAGAUCGAGGAGCCGGAAGACACCCUGAGAGUGUCUCCGGCGGAGGAAAUGCCCGUCGAUGGGCCUCCAGCAGUAGAAGACCCGGACCCGGAGCCGUUACUGCUGCCGUGGGACCGCUUCUCCACCUGGCUCCACUGCAUCUGCGUGGUCGGCUUCGAUCUGGAGCUCGGGCAAGCUGUGGAGGUGAUCUACCCACACCACUCCAAACUCACUGAAAAAGAGAAAACCAGUAUAUGCUAUCUGUCAUUCCCAGACUCAAAUUCAGGUUGUCUGGGGGACACGCAGUUCUGCUUCCGUUUCCGGCAGGCCGCAGGCAGGAAGUCGUCACUCGGAUGUUUCCUCGACCACUUCGACCGGGAUGCGCCGGUCAGUCUCAAGAGAGAUCAGGGUUAUUACUACGGGUACGUGUACUUCAGACAGGUGCGAGACAAGUCUCUCAAGAGGGGCUACUUUCAGAAGUCUCUGGUCCUCAUCAGCAAGCUGCCCUACGUGACCUUUUUCCACUCAUUGCUGAAGCUCAUCGCCCCAGAAUACUUCGAGAAGCAGGAGCCGUGUUUAGAGGCCGCUUGCAACGACAUCGACCGGUGGCCCACGCCGUGUCCAGGGAAGAUUCUUACGCUCCCCAUCAUGGGUGUGGUCAUGAAGCUACGCAUCCCCACGUGUUAUGACAAGCCUGGAACUUCUCAGCUCGUCCAGUCCGCACCGAGCGACAGUCUGGUGUCCAUCGUUCUGCCGACCGUCCAUGAAGUAGAUCUCUUCAGGUGUUUCCAUCCAGUGUUUUUUCAUAUCCAGAUGUUGUGGGAGCUGGUGUUGCUGGGUGAAGCGCUAGUGGUCAUGGCUCCGUCGCCGGCAGAAUCUUCGGACACUGUGUUAGCAUUGGUCAGUUGUGUCUCUCCUCUGCGCUACUGCAGUGACUUCCGGCCGUACUUCACCAUUCAUGACAGUGAGUUUAAGGAAUACACCACUCGAACACAAGCUCCGCCUUCGGUCAUUUUGGGAGUUACGAACCCAUUUUUUGCCAAAACUCUCCAGCACUGGCCUCACAUCAUCCGCAUCGGAGACAUGAAGCAAGCAGGAGAGAUGGCCAAACAGAUGAAAGUGAAGAAACUAAAAAAUCUGAAGACUUUGGACUCGAAACCUGGUGUCUACACUGCAUAUAAACCUUUCCUGAACAAAGACGAGGACAUUAUCAAGCAGCUCCAGAAGGGAGUUCAACAGAAGCGUCCUUCAGCGGCCCAGAAUGCAAUUCUGCGUCGAUAUUUCCUGGAACUUACACAGAGUUUCAUCAUUCCACUGGAGCGUUAUGUGGCCAGUCUAAUGCCUCUACAGAAGAGCAUUUCACCCUGGAAAAGUCCUCCACAGCUACGGCCGUUCAACCAGGAGGAGUUCAUGAAAACACUGGAGAAGGCCGGACCUCAGCUCACCUCACGACUCAAAGGAGACUGGAUCGGCCUCUACAGGCAGUUCCUGAGGUCUCCGAACUUCGAUGGCUGGUUCAGGAACCGCAGGAAGGAGAUGAUGCAGAAGUUGGAAGCUCUUCAUCUGGAGGCCCUCUGUGAAGAAGACCUACAGCUGCGGAUACAGAAACACACGGAGGUGGAGACGGUCGAUCUGGUGCUCAAACUCAAGGAGAAACUGACUCAGGCCGAGAAAGAUCAACUUCCUGUCAAACCAGGAACUCUGCCUAAACUACAGUCCCAUAUCGAGACCAUCAUACUCUCUCUUCCAGAGGACCUGCAGGGCAUCUUACAUAAACCGCCAAGCCCUUGACCAUCAGCCAACGCUGACAGACCAGACUGCGGCUCAUACGGGGUUAACAGACACAAACUUCCACACGUGUGAUGGAUUUCUGCUGGAUCCUCCUCCAAGUGCACUUGUUGCUGCAGAUCUGAGUGCCAUUGAACGGACAAUGCUGGCAUUGCCAAAAACAGCACAGACGACAGCACAGGAAGUGACUAAGCGUGUGAGGGACGAAUGAUGGCAGAAAUGAUGCACACGUGUUACGGUCUGAAUGCUGUAAGUCUCACUGUGUGAGAUUAACAUUCCUGCUGAUUUUAAACAUGAAGAUGCUUAUAUGAUGGAAUCAGCAAAAAGCGAUCUGGAUCUGAACGGGCCGGAUUCAUGUUCACCUCUAUAAUGGAAAUAUUUAAAUGGUUGUGCUGUGACACCAGAACAUCUGGCGUGAGAACAUCACCAUUCAUGAAACGUGUCAAAAACAUGUUCAGGUCAUAUUUCACCCCAAAAUGAGGACGAGGGAAUAAGAAAUAUUUUACAUAAAGAAAAUGAAGCCUAUUUUAAGACCAUUUUAUUGUGGCGUUAUUUUUGUGAGGAUCAGGUCAUAUUUCACCCCUAAAUGAAGGAGGAAUUAAGAAACUAUAUUUUCCAUGAAGAAAAUUAAGCAUAUUCUAAUUCUAUAAAAUUCAUAGAAUACAUAUACAUAUAUUAGCCCUGUGGCAUUAUUUUCAUGAUAAUUAAACACAUUUUAAACCCAGUUUUUAUUAUUAUAAUACACCAAAUCUAAUUUUCAUUACUGUACUUUGAAAAACAUGACAUUAUUUAAAUUAUGAAGUAUUAAAUUGUUAAAUAUUAUUAGUGGGGGUUUUUUUCUAUUAUUAUUAUAGAGAAUCACCAUGAAUAUUGAGAAACUCAAAAUUAUGCAUUACAGAAUUUAUGCUGAAAUGUACUUAAUUAUCAAGAAAAUGUCAUAUGCUAAAAAUCUUAAUGGGUCUAAAAAUGGGCUUUUAUAUAUAUAUAUUUUCCAUUAUAUUUUGGGGCGAAAUGUUCCCUGGAAAUGUUUUCAUGAAAUUCACUGUUUUGAAUCAUGUUAUUUGGUGUGAUAUUGCAAUAACAGGCAGAUUUAUUUCCCCUUUAACAGACACCAACACUGCUAACGUAUAAAUGUUGAAGGACACUAGUGUGAGUAGAAUUCAUCUUUACAAGGUCAAUUAGCACAUUAUCGCAGGUGUCCGGCAUUUACUCUACAGCACAAAUGCAAUGGUGUCUAUUUCUCAUGAAGGCAAACCCAACGAAGACCAGUGGAGUUUUACAUGUAUUUAUUUUCAUUUUUAAUUCAUAAGCUGACUAACCACAAAAGGGAAAAUAGCCAUUGUCUUUUCCUUUCCUCUCCACCUUAACCAAACUGAAUGACCGGUCACUGGUUAAACCAAUAGAACUAGCCUCGUCACUUUCCUGCAUUGAGAUUGUGGUCUUCCUUCUACUUUAAUAUCAUAUAUACAUCGUCAUUCAGAAAAUGAUAUUUACACACAAUACAGUCUUCAAAUACAGCUUUUCUUUACACUUGCUUGACUGAUAAAGGUGAAUACUGCAGUUUCUUUGUGCCUUUCAUUUUCUGAUUAGUUUGAUUUGAUCGAUUUUCCAUCUCUUUUAGGACCAAGCGUGUAGUUUGUGAGUACAUGAGUGCUUUAAUGUCAUGAAAUAUGAUUGUUUGACCUUUAGAACGAGCUUCUGUUAUUUGCACUUUAUCUGUGGAGCGUGUCAAGCAACAGAAGACGUUCUUCUCAAAAACACAUUUUUAUGGCUUGUGUUUUACAACUGGUCAUAUUCCAUGAAGUCAACCAUGUUUGAUAUUUGAAGAUGGAAAUACAAACUUUCUGUUGUGUGCCUUGAGCUAGAAAGACAAACCGGUGAAGAACCAAAGACCGUCACACUUCUGUACAACUUCACUCUCUAACUGACACUGUUUUCCAUAUGAAUGCUUUAUCUGGUUGAUUAUGCUGGUUUGUUUUGGACUCAUGGGACGCCUUACAUAUGUUGUUUAAUGUUCAUUUCCUUUAGUGUUGUCAAAAUACCAACCGCGAUACGAAGUCGGUACUGACAUUUUGAAAAUGUGAGGCUUUGAGCGCCGUUGAGCGGAUUCGUAAAUAUCUCUGAUUGGCAAUUCGCUCAUCGGAAAUAUCUGUGAUUGGCAAUUCGCUCAUCGGAAAUAUCUGUGAUUGGCUACUGCUUUCAAACGCUCCCGCUUUCAAAUUCAAACGGUUCCGUGCGUUGAUCAUUGUAGCCAAUCACAGACAUAUCUGGUGAUGAGCGCGCGAACACAAAGGCCAAUCAGAGGGGUUUACGAAUCCGCCCAACAGCGCUUGAAAAAACAGCAUUUUUUAAAUUUUAAUUCCGACUUUGUUAUCGCAAUCGGUAUUUUUGACAAUACUAAUUCCUGCACAUGAAUCUGGGCCUGUGUGACAGUAGGCCUGUGAAAACUGGUUGUUGGGCAACCAUUCAUGUUUUAUAUUUGAAGAACAAACCUAUUUUAACAUGCUUGAAUUUUAAAGAGGUAUAUUCUGAUAUUCUAAUACAAAUAACGAACUGCUUUUGACACGACGCCUGUUUGUUAUACUGAUGGAUAUUUUCUAACAUCUGUAUUUUUGAUCUGCUCAUUUAUAUUGGUAGUUAUUGUACAGGAUGUUUUAUUUGUUGCUGUGGUGAUUAUUAUAGAAUGAUAUAAAUGGAAAAUUACGGUUUUUGUAAACCAUGUACAUCGAACCACAGUCUGUUUCAGCAUAAACAAUAUUUUUCUAUCAAACCCUUAACCACUAAUUUUAUUUUUUUUUCUGUAACCGACAAUAGCUUUUCCCUAGAAAGUAUUUCAUUGUUCUGUUACUCCUUAAUGAAGAACAAGUAUAUUUUUUCCAGGUGUAAAUAAAUGUCAAUAAUGAAUCUG